CUGAAGAUGCUGUGUUCCCGAGGAUUCCAGUCUUCCCUCAGCCCAUUGAUGGACUUCUACUGGCCUGUGCGCAGUCUAUGGCCAGAGGUCCGACCUCUUCUCAGCCAGCGGGAUCUACUGCAGAGAAACCUGCUAGAAGUCAAGAGCAGUCUGGAUCUGAUGGCACAUCUCCAGCAGCACAUCUUUGAAGAGUUGGACAAUGUCCCAUCCUCUUUGACCAUCCAACCAGUCUCCUACAAGCUGGAUAAAGAUGGAGAGGGCUUUGCCCUGACACUGGACACUAAAGACUUUUCCCCAGAGGAGCUGUCUGUCAAGCAGGUGGGCAGGAAGCUGAAAGUCAGUGGGAAGACAGAGAAGAAGCUGGAUGAUGGGGAAGGCUCCUACUCUUACAGAUGCCAAGAGUUCAGACAAGAGUUUGAUCUGCCUGAAAAGGUGAAUCCUGAGACAGUCACCUGCUCCCUGGCUCAUGACGGGAAACUCCACAUUCAGGCAUCAAAGAAUCCAUUAUCUGGUGAGGAGGAGGUGGCAGAGAGAGUGGUUACCAUCAACUGUAGCCUGGAUGUGGAAACCCCACAAUUCCUGUCAAAGACAGAGGGAAGCAUCACCGACACACAGAAGAAACAAGAGAACAGAGUUUCACAUGAGGACUGAUUUUUAUUUCACUGGAUGAGACAUUUUCUAAUACAUAUUUUUCAUGUUUUGAGACUGUAUGCAUUUACAUUUCAUAUCUUGUAACAAUCAGUAUGAUAUGCUUUUUAAUUUAAUCAAUAAAAUAUUUAAAAAAUGCAGAAUUUUGCAGUUGUUAUGAUCUCUUCAAUGGAUAUCAACAUAAUGACCAUUAUCUAUCUCUCAUCA